CUGAAAAAAAAGCAUCUCACAUCGUAGGGCGAGAUGAGCAGCCUCCGCCGCCGCCGCCCCUCGCCGGCGGCGGUGCCGCCGCUGGAGGACGAAGACCUCCUCUCCGAGAUCCUCCUCCGCCUCCCCCCACAGCCGUCCUCCCUCCCCCGCGCCUCCCUCGUCUGCAAGCGCUGGCGCGGCCUCGUCUCCGAUCCAGGCUUCUGCCGCCGCUUCCGCCGCCACCACCACCGCAACCCUCCCCUCCUCGGGUUCUUCCAAGAGCUAGACGAAGGGCUCUCCUUCGCGCCUUCCCUCAAGGCCCCGGAUCGUGUCUCGCCCGAGCGCUUCUCCUUGCAACACGCAGAUUUGGUCGACCGCUUCUUCUCCCUCGGAUGCCGCCAUGGCCUGGCGCUCAUCUACCUUCGCAAGCGUCUCCAGCUCCUUGUGUGGGACCCCGUCACCGGCGACCAGCACCACAUUGCCGUCCCCCCGGGGUUCGACACGGAGACAUCCCCAAUCAGCGGCGCGGUGUUUCGCUCUGCCGGAGACGUCCAACACUUCCAUCUGGCUUUGGUAGGGAGCAGUGAGAGACAAAUUACGCAAGCAGUCGCCCGUGUUUACUCGUCGGAAACCGGUGUAUGGGGCAAUCUUAUCACAGCACCGCUUCAAUCUGAGGGUGCUGCCCAUUUUCGCAUCGCGGUUUCUACGAUCAAGCCUGCUGUGCUGGUCGGGGGUUCUCUUUACUGGUUGCUUGAUGGGAGCUCGGGUGGGAUCCUUGAAUUUGAUAUGGAUCGGCAAAGACUAGCUGUGAUACCUAUGCCAGUAAAUGAUCUAAGGUUUUUCCAAUUCUCGAUGAUACGGGCAGAUGGCGGUGGAUUUGGUCUCCUUGUUUUAUCAGGCUCCAGUGCCCAAUUCUGGAAGAGAAGGACCAAUUGCGAUGGUGUUGCUUCAUGGGUGUUGGGAAGAACCAUUGAAAUUGACAAGCUACUUCACUGCGAACCAGAGUCGAAUGGGAGCCAAUUAAUACUAGGUUUUGCUGAGGACAAUAACGUGGUUCUUUUCUGGACAAUUGAUGGCCCUGUCAUGUUACAGCUUGAGUCACUACAGUCUGAGAAAGUCUUGGGAACCAAAAUCAUGUCUCACUAUCACUCAUUCGAAAGUGUCUAUACUACAGAAAGAGGAAUUGGUGGUCCUGAAGCUGUUCUUUUGCACAACACCUGAGAUUCUUGUCCAAUUAGAUAUGCUAUUGUGAUUUACUGGUUACGCAGGUGUCUGGAAUUACACUCUGGUGGCAGAUGCAGAAAUGGAUUUUUUUGCUGUAGGUUCUUCCAUUUUAUAUGCUGUGUUGGCGCUGGCAUUAGUCAUUAGUCAACUGGCAUGAAGACACGAUGGCUUGUUUUUGUUGGCGCUGUCAGUUAUCUCGCUUGCAAGCGUUUGAGGCAAGCUAAAGUCUUCUGUCCCGUGUUGCGUCUGGUCGAGAUUGCAACUUCUAAUCUCUGCUUAAGCUCGUCGUCUUCUUUUUUGCGUGUGUGUGUGUGUGCGCGCGCGUGGAUGCACAUGGGUUCGUACUAUUAGAUACUAUAAUUUUGUACGUCAAGAAGAUAGCAAUGCUGCAGAGAUGCUAUUAUGAGUUGAAUUUGUACCACAUGAUCAACACACAGAGUUGUCAGGAUCUCAUUACUCUUGGAGAAUUUGCACCCCUUGUGUUGUUACCAGAAUGCCCAGGAUGUGAGCUGUGUAGAAUUUAAUCUCUGUUGCUCAGGAUGCAUAAAGUUUGUGUUCGGUUUCUA